AUGCCGAAGAUCCGCACAAGCCGUACCAAGCCGCCUCCCGAGGGGUUUGAGGACAUUCAGGAUGUACUCGAGGAGUACGAGAAGAAGAUGCGUGACGCGGAGACCGAGAGCCACGAGGGCAAGCGCAAGGUUGAAGCUGUGUGGCCGAUCAUGCGCAUCUCGCACGCCCGAUCGCGGUACAUCUACGACUUGUACUACAAGCGCGAGCUCAUCAGCCGACAGCUGUACGACUGGCUUCUAAAGCAGGGCUAUGCGGACGCCAACUUGAUAGCCAAGUGGAAGAAGCAAGGAUACGAGCGCCUCUGCUGCGUCAGGUGCGUCCAGGUCAAGGAUAGCAACUUCCAGGGCUCGACCUGCAUCUGCCGCGUCCCCAAAGCCAGCCUCAAGAAGGGCAUUGUCGUCGAGUGCCCUAACUGCGGCUGCCGUGGCUGCGCCUCGGGCGACUAG